AUGCAGUCGAUGUUCCGCCUACCAUGGAGCACCGAGAACCCCGCUAUGGACAAGGCCCAGUUCGCCCAGCUCCAGAAGCAGCGCCCUGUUGUCGACAUCCCGCUGCUGAGCAAGCUGAAGCGGAAGCGGACUGACAGCCCGGAGCCCUGCCCGCCCUCUUACGUCUCGCAGCACGUCGCAAAGAAGUGGAAGUACGCGAACGGCAGCGAGGUGUGUCCCGUGGUUGAGAUAGGGAAGCCUGAUCGACCUGUGGUGGAUGCACCGCCGCCCGCAGCUGCGCCCGCAGCCUUGCCACGUGUGAAGAGCUCGGAGAAGGCCGGCGACGCGUCCGCACCCGGAAUUGAGGCGAGGCCGCUGGAAGUCAAGAUGGAGGACGCGGACUCGGCGGCUGAGCUCAACGCGUCUCCGAGCUCGCAGCCAAGCGCCACGACUCAGGAGGAGCUUCCCGCAGCAUCGGCGAAUUCGGUCGAGGUUGAUCCGACCGCCUACACGCCGCUGCAGCAAGCGAUCGAGACGCACUUCAACCAGGAAAUCCUGCUCAAGCACAACGAGCUCCGUUUCAUUGAGCAGGAGCUCGCCAAGUGCCAGAUCGCAUUGGAGCAGGUCCGCCGCUGUCAGCUGAUUCCGUAUCCUGGAACGGAUGCGGCGUCGACGGACGUCAGUUGCGGCGUGGGUCCUGCGCUGCAGCCUCGGCAGGGCUUCACGACGCCCGAGCAGCCUGCGCCUUGGGGCGUGACCGAAGGCCCGUACAGUCGCCACUACGCGAAGUGGCUCAUCCCGGAUCCCAAGUUCGACUCGGUGCCGAUCGCGAGCCUGCAAGCUGGUGGUCGCUCGCACUCUGGCCUAUCCGAAGGACGUGCCACUCGGGGAAGUCUAGCCGAGCUGCCGAUGGCUGGAAAAUCGCGUUCGUCACGUGCUUCCGCUGGAUCCAAGCUCCAAGCCCUGGGCGACCCUUCGGCUCCGAAGAUCGAUCCCUUGCUGCACAAGCGUUCGACCGACGGCAAGUGGGUACGACUGUUCUGCCACCACCCGGACUGCCGCCAUAGCAACUUCUCCAACACUCAGGGCUUCCUCAACCACUGCCGCAUCAAGCACAACCAGAAGUUCGAGAGCCACGACCAGGCUGCCGUCGAGUGCGGUAUCCCGGUUGACGUCAACGAGCUGGGUGUUGUGUUACCCAACAGCGAGACCACUCCUUCGACCCCUGCAACCGGCGCUGCACCGAACCUCAAUGGUCCCUUCGUGCAUCCUCUUAUCAAGUCAAACCCCCCAAUCAAGUCAAAACCUCUUCCUCCCCGCGCAUUGCCGAAGAAAGAUACGCCCGCCUCCUCCAAAAAUGUGCAGACCCCGGAUGCCAAGCCCAAGGCACCAAGCGCUUCUUUUGUCCCCUCGCCGCAAACGCCAGCUUUGAACGCUCUGCUGCAGAAGCAAGGUUUCGCCGGCGACCUGAACAAGCUUGUUGACUUUGCACGGACGAAGGUUGAUCUGACCGAGAUGGACACGGAAGAGAGCGACGAGGAUGCCGAGCAAACUCCGGUUGCCGCACCAAAGUCUACCGCUGCUGUCAAGAAGGGUUCCGCUGACACAACCCCUCGCGGCCCGCAGCUGAGCCGUCUACCGGCUCGGGGUGGUAUGGCGCCGGCUUCGCUCGCAACCACGGGUCUGCAUCCCGCUUCCGGUGCCCCGCCCCGGUUACAGCACAGCAACAGUUCUGCAAGCAGCACCGCUGGCGGCAACUUGGAGUCUCCAACCAUGGAGUUGAGCCCACACACUCUGGAUUCGGCACCGGGACUCGUUACGGAUCAUGAGGAUGAUGACGAUGACGAGGAGGACGGCGGCAGCGUAGCCAUGCGGGAUGAGGAUUACGGGGUCGACAAUGUUGUCGUUGAAGAUGGCAGUGAUGUUGAAAGAGACGCAAGGAGGGCGAAAAGUGUUGAGGGUUUUGUACCCAAAGCCGGCGGCUCGUCGAGGAAGUGA